GCGGAGCGGAGAGGGGCCGGGUGAGCAGCUCCGGCCCAUGGCGUCGGCGGCGGCGACUCAACCGAACGCCGGGCUGUGGCCGAAGACGCCCGCCGCUCACGUCAGCCUCAAGCUCAGCGCCGCCCGCGCCUCUAGCCCGCCCCGUCCCCUAGCUGAAGCGGACACUUCCCGGAGCAGCCCCGAGCGGUCUGAACAUGGAGGAGCCCGGGGUUGACUUCAACCUGAAGAUGGUGCUGGUCAGUUUCAAGCAGUGUCUCAAUGAGAAGGAGGAAGUGCUGCUGGACCACUACCUCGACAGCUGGAAGGGGCUGGUCAGGUUUCUGAAUAGCCUGGGUGCCGUCUUCUCCUUCAUCUCCAAGGACGUAGUCUCCAAGCUGCACAUCAUGGAGCGGCUGCGGUCUGGCCCCCAGGGAGAGCAGUACGCCAGCCUACAGUCCAUGAUGGCUUACGAGACGGGGAACCAGCUGGUGGACGUGGACAGGCGCUCCCGCCACCCUGAUUCGGGCUGCCGCACGGUGCUGCGGCUACACCGUGCCCUGCGCUGGCUGCAGCUCUUCCUGGAAGGCCUGCGCACCAGCGCUGAGGAUGCCCGCCCCUCAGUGCUCUGCACCGACUCCUACAAUGCCUCUCUGGCCGCCUACCACCCUUGGAUUGUGCGUCGGGCUGUCACUGUGGCCUUCUGCACGCUGCCCACGCGCAAAGCCUUCUUGGAGGCCAUGAAUGUGGGAACCCCUGAACAGGCUGUGGAGAUGCUGGGCGAAGCCCUGCCCUACAUCGAGCAGGUGUACGAGGUCUCCCAGAAGCUCUACGCCCAGCACUCCCUGCUGAACCUGCCUUAAGCCCAGGGGCUCCCAGUUCCCACACCCAUGGGGAGCUGGACCCACAAGCCUUCAACGGAGUUUUCUGGGUCCCUAAGAGGGUGUCUGCCACAGCCUCCAUGAGCCAAGCUUCCAGGAACAGAGGAGAUGGGCAGCUGGUUGCCCACGCUGUGUGUCAGCGAGGCCUGUGAGCUGCCCAAGGAUGGUGCCUGCUGGCUGUCGAACAGCUGGAGGCCCCAGGCCUGGCCUACCUAUGUGUGUCCUUUCUGGGCUGCCCCUCCAGUCUUGACAGCUGACCUGGCUUGGCCUAGCCAGGGUGGAGCACCUGGCUAUGUGGGCAGGGCCAGCAGUGCUCUGGGUGGAACACCUGGCUAUGUGGGUGGGGCCAGCAGUGCUGUGGGUGGAGCAUCUGGCUUCACACCCUCUCACCUUGUCAGCCAACCUCAUACUCAGAAUUCGAGUGGCCCCUGUGGACCCCUUCCCUGGAGGUCCUAGGAACGCCUUGGGACAACUUGACCGGCCCCUGAGCAACAUCUACUCCCAGGGGACAUGCUAGCUUUGGCUGCAGACUCUAGGCAGCUGCCAUUGGCAUGCACAGCAGGGCCCCAGAGCCUGGACCUCCCCCUGUUCCAGUUGCCCAGCUCUGGGGCAUGGCAGCCGUGGCAGUGAAACAGGGCCCCUGCCUGACCUAGUUCCACCAUCCGCUGCUGCUCCAGGCUGCAGACAAACCUCUGGGACUCCACUCAUAGGACAGCAGACCCACCCAGGCGAGCACCUGGGGCACGGGGCUCCUGGGAGCCAACAUGUGUAGCACAUUGCGACAUCAAUAAAGCACGUUCAUGGGACCAGG